AUGUUCCAUCAACCGCCAGACAAGCCUCGCGCUUCUGGCUACGAUGAUGAUCCGUUUGGGUUUGUUGCCAACCAGGCCUGGGAACGGUAUGGCUUCAGCAAUAUGUCAUCGCCUCCGCCCCCGGGCCCUCAGCCUGUGCAGAGAACUGGACGAGCCUAUUCCACAGCAUCUGCAAUGGACUGGACGCCCGAGAUUGACACACCCUUUCACCACCACAACGGCGAUGGAGUUGCCAUGUCGCCAUCGGAGAAUGUCGAAAUGAGCAGUAUGAAUCCGGUUCAAGGAGGAGGAGGAGUCAGUCGCUUGGUCGCGCAAUUCGAGAACAAAGGAUAUGUGCCUCCACUGCCUCCGAGACCCAUCAAUAACGCGCAACACCAAACACAUCACCUUGGUACCAGUCCCUCAAUUUCGUCACACUUUGGAAGUCUGAAUUCCGUAGCCCAAUCGCAUAGGAUCUCGAGUCCCGUUAAUAGCUCAGGUGAAUCUCAGUAUGGCUCUCUCGGUAUCCAUUCGCCGCCAACUCCCAGCCCGAUUGCAACCAGUAUGGGUCGCUCCGGCAGUGUGCACUUUGGCAGUUUCCAUGACACUCAGCAAGUGCACAGUCCUGGUGUUGGAACGCCGUUUGGAAGCAUGGAUGGAUUCAUGAACACUACCCGUGUGAAUAGUCCGAUGAUAUCGACGCCUAUGGUGACCAGCCCGAUAGUAUCUACGCCAACUCAAGCUACACCCACAGUCCCUGGCACCCCUGGAUUCGAAAUAUGGCGUCCUCCCCCAUCGAUGGGGUCCAAACCAGAGCCUUCUGGUCUCACCAACGCGACCAACUUUGCAGGAUAUUUUAGACCGCCGGUACCAACGACGCCAAAGCCGGUUGUGAACACAGGCAAUCAGUUCAUUUUGGAAUUCAACCCCAGCGCCGCCAAGGCAGCCAAAGGGAAGGCUCCAGCAAAACCACCAAGGCCGCGAUUGCCUCCACGGAAGCCUACUACCGUCACACAAACACAGGCUUUGGCACGAGAACUGACACCUGCGCAAGCGCCAACACCGAGACCGGUACCAGCCGUUGCUCCAACUCCAGGGCCAAUGUCUCCUCCUCCAAAACCGCCUCGACCCUCAGAACCGCCUUUUUCCUCCUCUUCAUCCACCCCUUCUACUGCACAACGGAAGGAUUCCAUUUCUCUUCGUGCCCAGGCAGGUACUAGGCCGUCACGGGAACAGGUUCCUGCAGAGGCCUGGGAGCAAUAUAAGUCCACCAUCCGAACUCUGUAUCUUGAGGAGAGAAAACCGUUGAAAGAGGUCAUGAGCAUCAUGUCUGAACAAUAUGGUUUUCAAGCCACACCCAAGAUGUAUAAGACUCGGUUUUCUCAAUGGGGUUUUGUGAAGAAUAACACAGAAGAAGAGGUCAAGCGGUUGUUGUCGAUGAAGUUUCAGCGAGACGCCGAGGGCAAGGUUUCCGAAUUUGUCCGAAAUGGCAGGGUGGUUAACUUGGGUACUUAUUUGAAGCGAAAGGGGGUGACGGAAUAUGAUUUGGUGGAUUUCGAGCUGCCCGCCGAUCUGCCAGCUCAUAUUCGAUGUAGAACACCAACGCCGCCUCCAGCACUGCGAUCCCCUGACCUCCUUCGCGCCCAAGAGCUUGUCGUUGGAAACAUGCGAAAGGCGUUUUUGCACUGCCGGCAAUUUGAGAUGGAGACGGAUACCCAAAUUAGUUGGCCAUCAAUUAUGGUUUGGGGGGCUGGAUCAAGCGACCUCUUGCUCGAGGCCAACUUUCAUUUCGAAGCCCGCGAUGCAGAUCAGGGAGGCGACUAUAUGAUGCGAGCCUUCAAACAGCUCGAGGUGGAUUUGAUGAAGCUUUCACCCCAAGGCAUCAUGGAGCUAAUCUUGGGGAUGAUUAACGGUGAUCCCGGCAUGAUGACGGCCCUCUGCAAAUAUUUGGCAGCGUAUUCGUCGACAAACUUUGAACGCACACAUCCACUCCGACAGAUUUUCACUUGUUUAUAUGAAGUGCAACAGAAGCAUGGCGCCAAGACCCUCUCCGAGCUCUUGUGGAUUAGCAUCUCCACAAUUGCCGAAGAACUCGAAGCGAUCUACGGACGCCGCCAUCCGUAUGUGGCCCGAACAUGGUCCGAUCUUGCGCUGUUUUAUAACCAGGUGAAUCCGGAGAGAAUCGAAAAGCUGGUCAUCGAACUUCGAGCGCUUCAAAAACAAUUCGAGCAGCGGCAUGGCGAAACCAGUGUCGAGGUACUAGCUAUCCGAUACUCCAUCUUGCAGUUGCUGUAUGCUGCAUCUCCGAGUUCUGAUAUCGCGAAACAAGCCGCAAACGACUACUGGAACACGUUGCGGACAAAGCCCUUUGCCGCUUCUACUCCUCAAACCGCACAAUCCAAGGUACGCUACGCUCUUAGAACCAAAAACUUGGCCCCAAAGGCACACAGAACAAACAGCAAACAAAAACCCCCCCUAUCGUCCUUCAUAGAACACGACGUCCUUUUCCUCCGUCAGCAUGGCGUCAAACACGCAAAAUGGCACCUCACGGCUCCCCUGCGGCCUUCAUCUCGGGUGAAGCUGUCUUAUGGCGCCACCGUCCCUGCGGCAGAGCUGAUCGGCCGUCGCAUCCUCGAUGUGGUUCGCGAUAGCGCCGGCAACUCUGUGGUUUUGCACGAGCCGUCUCUUGCGAGCUACAUCAUUAACAGCGAGCGCCUUGCCACUCCGAUCUAUCCGAACGAUGCCAGCACGAUCGUCAACCUACUCGACCUGAACCCAUCCCGCCCCGGGGAAGACGACCAAGAUGAUUCAGGCCCCCCUUUCGAAAUCUUCGAAGCGGGCACUGGCCAUGGCAGCCUCACUCUGCACAUUGCUCGCGCCCUGCACGCCGCAAACCCGCCGCUCCCAGCUCCUUUACGACGAACCCUCAUUUCCGCCCCGUACAAACCUCAUUACGACUUUACCGCCUCACGAGGAUGUCUAGAAGUCUCUCCCGAAGACCAAUCAGCUUUUGACGCAUAUGCAUCUUCCCGUCGCGCGAUCUUGCAUACACUUGACCACAAUACGAAACAUGCCCGAGCUGCGUAUAAGCUAGUUCGCAACUUUCGACGUGCGCAGUACCUCCCUGCAGUAGACUUCCACGUCGGAUCCAUAGACGACUUUCUGGGCCACCGACUUGAGCAGACAGGUGGCCAACCUUUUCUGUCCCGCGCUAUUCUCGAUCUCCCCUCGGCUCAUGAGAACGCCGAGCUCGUGAUCAAGGCACUGCACCCCAACGGCCUGCUCAUCCUCUUCAAACCCUCCAUCAGCCAAAUUGCCGAUUUUCAGGCUUGGUCCACAGAGACAAAGCAGCCAGUGCGCACAGAGAAAGUUAUUGAGCUAUACGCCACCACCGCCUCUGAAGGUGGCGUGCACGACAGCUCCGGUGGACGACACUGGGAUGUGAAAACAGUCGUGCCCAGGGCGCAGCAGGGCGAAGAGGGGAACAAGAAGCCAGUACAGGUGAUGCGGCCAAGGGUAGGAGAGCGAGUUGCCGGUGGAGGGUUUUUGGCUGUAUUACGCCGAUGGCCCGUGUCUGAAGAGCCGGCGCAAGAUGCCCUUGGAGAAGCAGAGACUGAGGAGUGA